AUGUUUAUCCAUCUGGAAAAGUUGGACGAGCUUUCAACUGAAAGGCUGAAUGUAUUUUUGACUGGCAUGGACCCUUUCUACUUCCACGCAGUGAACGUGGUGUUCCACUGCCUCGUGACGCUGGUGCUGAUGCACACCUGUGAGAAGAUGGUCUUCAGGAAGCGUGGCCUUGCUUUCCUCACGGCGCUGCUCUUCGCUGUGCAUCCCAUUCACACAGAGGCGGUGGCUGGGAUUGUGGGCAGAGCGGAUGUGCUGGCCUGCCUUCUGUUUCUGCUGGCCUUCCUCUCCUACAACAGAAGUCUGGGUCAGUGCUGUGCUGGGGAAAGGUUUCCUCCCACCGGUUCUCCCAUCUUCUUGCUGCUCAGUCUGCUCCUGGGGACCUGCGCUAUGCUGGUUAAAGAGACAGGCAUCACAGUGUUUGGAGUAUGCUUGGUUUAUGACCUCUUCUCUCCCUCCUACAAGGAAGACACGGUGAGCAAUGGAGUCCUCCCUGAGCACAGCCCUCAGCAGCCUGGGAGCCCCAGCACCUGCGCCCUGCCACCCCACACCCACAGAGAGAACGGGAGGCAGCGGCUCCCGCACAAAGGGGCUUGGGGUGGCAGCCACUCCCCCCUGCCACCAGAACCCAAAAGCAGUGGAUUUCCGGUAUCCCCAAGAGCCCUGUGGGCCCGCAUGAGGUACCUGACAACAGGCAGCAAUAGUAAUUACCUGCUUUCCAUGAGACCAUUUUUCAAAAGGGCCAUUUUGGUCAUAAGUUAUGUGAUGGUGCUGUUGUACUUUCGCCUGUGGAUAAUGGGAGGAUCUACGCCCCUCUUUUCAGAGCAGGACAACCCAGCUUCCUUCUCACCUUACAUUCUUACAAGAUUCCUUACCUAUUCCUACCUCUUGGCCUUCAACGUGUGGCUUCUGCUGGCACCUGUGACCCUGUGCUACGACUGGCAGGUGGGCAGCAUUCCUCUGGUGGAGACCAUAUGGGACCCGAGGAACCUGGCCACUGUUCUCCUUCUGGCCGUGCUGACCUCCCUGAGCCUGCACUGCCUUGUGGCUUUCAAGAGGCUGGAGCAUAAAGAGGUGCUGGUGGGCCUGCUCUUCCUGGCGUUCCCGUUCCUCCCAGCCAGCAAUCUCUUCUUCAGGGUGGGGUUUGUUGUCGCUGAGAGAGUCCUGUACAUGCCUAGCAUGGGCUACUGCAUCCUGUUUGUGCAUGGACUGAGCAAACUCUACACAUGGCUGAACCGAUGUGGAGCCACCUUGGUUGUGUCCACAGUGCUGCUGCUGUUGCUGCUCUUCUCUUGGAAAACCGUGAAGCAGAAUGAAAUUUGGCUGUCCAGAGAAUCUCUCUUCAGGUCUGGAGUUGAGACUCUGCCACACAAUGCCAAGGUUCAUUACAACUACGCCAACUUCCUGAAGGACCAGGGUCGGAACAAGGAAGCAGUCUACCACUACAGAACUGCCCUCAAGUUGUAUCCUCGUCACGCCAGUGCUCUGAACAACCUGGGAACACUGACCAAAGACACUGCGGAGGCCAAGAUGUACUACCAAAGGGCACUGCAGCUCCAUCCUCAGCACAACCGGGCUCUCUUCAACCUGGGGAACCUGCUCAAGUCCCAGGAGCAAAAAGAAGAAGCUAUUGCUCUACUGAGGGAUUCCAUUAAAUAUGGUCCAGAGUUUGCAGAUGCCUAUUCAAGCCUAGCUUCACUAUUGGCAGAGCAGGCAAGAUUUAAAGAAGCUGAAGAAAUCUACCAGGCUGGGAUUAAGCACUGUCCAGACAGCUCAGAUUUACACAACAACUAUGGAGUUUUCUUGGUCGAUUUUGGGUCUCCAGAGAAGGCAGCCGCCCACUACCGAGAGGCCAUCAGACUUAGCCCAGGUCAUCACGUGGCCAUGGUCAACCUGGGCAGACUCUACAGGUCCCUGGGAGAAAACAGCCUGGCUGAAGAGUGCUAUAAACGAGCCCUGCAGGUAGCACGCACUGCCGAGGUCCUGUCCCCCCUGGGAGCACUCUACUACAACACGGGCCGGCUCAAGGAGGCGCUGCACAUUUACAGGGAGGCCGCAGCACUACAGCCUUCGCAGAAGGAGCUCCGCCUGGCACUGGCACAGGUUCUGGCAGUGAUGGAGCAGAUGGAAGAAGCAGAACAGAUUAUGAGUCACAUGGUGGCAGAGGAGGCUGGGUGCCUGGAAUGCUAUCGCCUCCUGUCUGCCAUUUACAGCAAGCAGGAACACCAUGACAAGGCACUCAGUGCAAUCAACCAGGCUCUGCAGCUGAAACCAAAGGACCCCAAAGUGCUGUCUGAACUGUUCUUCACCAAAGGAAACCAGCUGAGAGAGCAGAACUUUCUUGACAAAGCAUAUGAGAGCUACCAAGCAGCCGUGGAAUUGAAUCCAGAUCAAGCGCAGGCCUGGAUGAACAUGGGGGGUAUCCAGCACAUGCAGGGAAACUAUGUGUCUGCAAGAGCUUAUUACGAGAGAGCCUUACAGCUGGUUCCAGACAGCAAACUGCUGAAGGAAAAUCUCCACAAAUUGCAUCGCCUAGAGAAACGAUUGCAAAAGGUUAGAGGAAAGGACCACACAUAACCCCCUGGCACCUGCUCUCCCUUGCUGUCCAGGCCAGCACCGACGAUUGGAGAAGCCAAAGGCUGCAGGCCCACUCCAUACCCCACGCUACACUGGUACCCUGCCACCUGGCUCUCACUUCCAGCAUCAGGGCAGGAUAAGGACAUUCACUGCUGACCCUGCUGAAGGACUUGCAUUCCCUGAGAAAGGACAGAGGUGAAGAAUGGGCAGCAAGGUCUGAAGAGGAAGGAGAUCAGCAAAUACACAUCUUACAGAUGGUUGUUUGGUUUUCCUCCCAACUUCCCUUGAUGUGUUCCUGUGCAUUUUUUCUGACUAGUGCUCUAAUUUCAAUUCUUCAUUUAAACAAAUUCACAAAUGCUCAUGCAAACUCGAAAUGCUAUAAAGGCAGAGCACCUCUUCCAGUUGGGAUAAGAUAUUUCAAACAGAAAAAAAAAAUCCUCUAGGAUCAGCCAGUGGAGAGUGGGAGUUCAUGGGGACAGCUUCAUCGAGGAGCUAAGAACUUUGUAGAACCUUCCAAAAUAUGCAUGGGAAAGGGCAAUUGUUCAGUGAGCUUUAUCUAAUAGCCUCCAAAGGCUAUUACUGAAGGACUUUUGAGCAGUAAUGAAAUUCCCUUUGAUGCAAGGUUUGUUUUUUUGUUGUUUUGUUUCGUUAACUUACAUAUCAGAAGGGAACCUUCUAGAACUGUAUGUGGAUGUCUUUAUCCCUACAGGAAAAUGAAGGAACUUGAUACUCCUAGUUCUUUGUGAAAAUGUUUAAAAUCAUGUUAAUUUUAUUCUAAGUAUUACUAGAGGAGAAGUUAUACUCUAAAAUUACAAAAGUGCAUUUCAAAUCAUAUAUGUUCCUACCUUAAAAUAUAUUCUUAUUUUGGUGGAGAAAAAAUAGAAUAUUCUAUAUAGAAAAUAUUGAUGUUAACUGAGAGAGACCUUCUACUUUAUUAUCUUAAUGUCAAGACAUCAUGAGAUUAUUUUUGGAAAAAUAUAUUUAACCAGUGAGGAAUCUUUACAGUGCAUACAGUGCAUAGACUCUUAAGUAGAUGGAAAGAAUUCUAUUUCUCUUGUCAGAUCUGAGAAUUCCAUGAUUACAACCUAAGUGACUGAAAUGCAGAAUGUCUGCAUUGGUAAUUUUGGAGAUUUCAUGGAGAAUAUUCCCAAAAUGAUGGGAAAAAUAUGUAACUCAUAAUUUUGAAAAGAUGUAUUUAUAUUUAAAAUAUAAGGAAGGUAAAGAUGAACUUACAGUUUGACAUUUAUUUUUAGAGUUAUUUAUUUUAUAACUUAUAAAAUAUUUAAUAUAUAAAUAUAUAUACAUAAACACUUUCUUCUCUUGUACAUAGUGGUUUUCAUAGCAGCUUUCGAAACAAAUCAUCAAAAAUAUAAAUCUAAAUGACAAAUUUAAGCUUUAAGUAUUCUUCAAAAUAAUUGUAUUGAUGAUUUUCCUGCUCUAGUUAAUGGAAUUAAAUUUGAAGACCUGGCUCAAACUUGUCAUCAUUAUAAAAAUCAAAACCAUCUCAACGUUGCUGGUGGCUCAUGUCUAUAAUCGAGACUGAAUCCAACUUAUCAGGAAAGCCUUUGAUCUCCAGUUAAUGACCAAAAAGCCAGAAGUGUAGAUGUGGCUCAAAUAGUAUAGCAUGAGCCUUGAGCAAUA